CCGCGGGACCUGCAAGAUGGCGGACGGCGGCGAAGCGGCGGCCUCAGCGGCGCCCACUCCUCCCCCUCCCGAGGCCCACGGCUCGUGCGCGGGCUGGGCCCAGCGCCUGCGGGCCGCGCUGGCGGGGGCCGGCGUCUCGCUGUGGGUCGUGGCCGGCAUGGGGCUGCUCUACGCUUUGAGGGCGCCCCUGAGGCUGUGUGAGAACCUGGCGGCGGUGACAACAUUUUUAAAUUCUUUGACUCCAAAAUUCUAUGUGGCACUAACAGGAACAUCAUCGCUAAUAUCUGGACUAAUAUUUAUAUUUGAAUGGUGGUACUUCCGGAAGUAUGGCACAUCAUUUAUCGAGCAAGUAUCUAUAAGCCAUUUGCGGCCACUUAUUGGAGGGACAGAGAACAAUAAUGCAGAGCCAGGUUCUCCUUCUGGUAGCAGGGAAACUGAUACCAAUAGGCAAAAUUUGUCAGAAUGCAAGGUAUGGCGAAACCCUUUAAAUCUUUUCAGAGGAGCUGAAUAUAGAAGAUAUACAUGGGUGACGGGUAAGGAACCACUUACAUACUACGAUAUGAACUUGUCAGCUCAGGAUCAUCAGACCUUUUUCACCUGUGAUACUGAUUCUCUACGUCCUUCAGAUACAGUUAUGCAGAAGGCAUGGAGGGAGAGAAAUCCUCCAGCUCGUAUCAAAGCAGCUUAUCAAGCUUUAGAACUGAACAAUGAUUGUGCCACGGCCUACGUUCUCCUGGCUGAGGAGGAGGCGACGACAAUUGUAGAUGCCGAGAAGUUAUUUAGACAGGCCCUCAAAGCUGGGGAGACGAUCUACAGGAGGUCACAGCAGCACCAGCACCAGAGCCCUCAGCACGAAGCUCAACUUAGAAGAGACACCAAUGUAUUGGUUUAUAUUAAACGAAGAUUAGCAAUGUGCGCGAGAAAAUUAGGAAGAAUAAGAGAAGCAGUAAAAAUAAUGAGAGAUCUAAUGAAAGAGUUUCCUCUUCUUAGUAUGUUGAACAUCCAUGAAAAUCUCCUAGAAUCUCUUCUAGAAUUACAGGCUUAUGCAGAUGUUCAGGCAGUUCUCGCAAAAUAUGAUGAUAUCAGUCUUCCAAAGUCAGCAGCAAUUUGUUAUACAGCAGCACUGUUGAAGACUAGGACUGUGUCAGAUAGAUUCUCUCCAGAAACAGCCUCUAGAAGAGGACUGAGCACUGCGGAAAUUAAUGCUGUGGAAGCAAUUCAUAGAGCGGUGGAAUUUAACCCUCAUGUUCCAAAAUAUUUACUUGAAAUGAAAAGUUUAAUAUUACCCCCAGAACAUAUUCUGAAACGGGGGGACAGUGAGGCAGUUGCCUAUGCUUUCUUUCAUCUUCAGCACUGGAAGCGAAUAGAAGGUGCCCUUAAUCUGUUGCAGUGUACGUGGGAAGGCACCUUUAGAAUGAUUCCAUACCCAUUAGAGAAAGGUCAUCUAUUUUACCCUUAUCCCAGCUGCACGGAGACAGCCGACAGAGAACUAUUACCCACAUUUCAUCAUGUUUCUGUUUACCCAAAGAAGGAGCUUCCUUUUUUCAUUCACUUCACAGCAGGACUGUGUUCUUCUACAGCAAUGCUUGCCCUUCUCACCCAUCAGUUUCCUGAAAUCAUGGGUGUUUUUGCUAAAGCUGUAAGUAUGGUCUCAAGGACUUGCUUAGAAUAUUUGUGAGACUCACAGGAAACUGUUUCUGAUUUGUCUGUGCAAACCAGUUGAGAUGUGGAAAAUGUGCAUUUAGAGUAAAUUAUGAGUCAUGUCUUGUAUAGCUGCUGCCAUGGAGCCAUCAAAUUUGGGUCUUGGGUGAUUUGACCUAUGAUUCUGUAACUUUAACAAAAAACUUGAAAAAGUGCAGUGCUGAACAUUAUAAAGUUGGUCUCUGUAGAUCACUCUUCAUCGUAAUACAGUACUUAUUACUAACUUAAGAACAAUCCAGCUUUUCUUGGCUUGCUUACCAUUAUUGUAUGUUUUGUUUGGCAUUUUAAAAAAAUUCCAUAUUUUAUGAACAAGGCUUCUGGUUUUCCAUUUAAUCUAAAUCAUUAGCUCUAAGAUCCACUGAACUUAGGUUAAAUUUAGUAGUGCAGCCAGGGUGGUGCAAGCAAGGUGAUUAGAUCAGUUGCCCUGGAUACAGAAUAUGAUUUGACCUGAAAUUUGCCUCUGGCCACUGCAUCCGAUCUGCUGUCCUCAAGUACACAUUGCCAUUUGGUUCUAGACCAGGCAAUGCUUGUGAGCUGCAUUUCAAGGAACUCAUACCUCAGGGUGUGAGUAUCCUCACCAAGGAUAAAGGGGCCCACUUCUUGGAAUUUGCCAAGUAUAAAAAUAACAUGUUGCAUCUUUGAAUGAUCUUAUAUGUAAGCAUGUGUUAGUGCUAAGGGAAAACUCAAAAGAACAGUCCCUUUCCAUCUCCAAGUUUUCCAGUGCUAUUUUCUUAAGCAUCUUUCCAUCUUCACACUGGAGACAUUAAAAGAUGAUAAGAACUGGAAUAUAUAAAGAAAAAGGUAAUGUUUUCCUCUCAAAGACAUUACUUUCUAAUGUUUAGGUUCAAGUAAAGAUUUUGAAUUGUAAGUUAGUAGUUCUAUCUGCAGUGAUACUAGGAGCCAAAAGGUUUUUUUUUGGGGCGGGAGGGAAUGAAGAGAGUUGUGGUGGAGAGGGUCAAAAAAACCCUCAUUCUGCAUGAAGUUUCUCUCUCUGUUUUUCCUCCAGCUAUUUUUUUGUCAUCCCCCCAUCCCCUGUUUUAAAAUCUAUUUAAGUGACAGCCUAUUCUGUGCCUUAAAGAUCAUCUGGCUUUCCUCUAGCAUCAGUGGUAAGAUUGCUGGUCCCCUUUUUCCCUGAAGGCCAGCUUCACAGUGUGCUAAGUUGCCACUGGCACCUAGCCAGUUUACACUUGAUCCUUGGUCAAGCCUCAAGAAGAAUGACUCUCCACUGUUGUUGAGGGAGAAUAGAUACUUGGGUUGGAAACAAAUUAUUCGGUUUCCUUUUAAUGCAACAAGGGGGCUUAUUGAUCAUACUAUAACUCUGUUUCCUGCAGUGGUGCUGAGUAGGGAGAGAGAGUAUUCUAUAGAACUCUGAAACAAACUUAACUUGUAUUAUCUGUCAUGAAGAGGAAUGGACUCCAAAGAAAAUCCUAUUUAUUUUACAGUUUGAAGAAAGAUUGCAGCUGUGCAUAUGGGAUCAUGGAGGAACAGUGGGAGAAAAUGUUCCUAGGUAUAUGGCAGGGUAGCAGGGUCAGAAAGGGAAGAAGAGAAAUCUGGAAUAGACAUGUAGACAUUGGAAUGACUGUAUUCCCUUGAGGGCAGUGGCCAAGAGCUGGGGUAGACUAUACUGUUUCCACCAUUUAUGAUUGAUAUCAUGUAGGGCCUGCCAUGAUCUGAGAGAUCGCUGAUGGCUAGAAGAUCUCAUAAGAAUCACAUGGAAUAAAUAUACUUCUGGUAGGGUGUAACCCAUACCCAUUAUUCCUUUAUGAAUAAAUAGUAACAAAUUUUGAAGUGCAAUCUCCUUUCAUAAAUUAAAAUAUAAUCAAACCAAGUAAUCUAUGCUGCAGAAUUUUUUGCACUGUUUAAAGCCUCUUGUUUUUGUAAAAUAGGCUUUUCACCAUUAACUUUUGAUUUAAAAUAUUUAUAUAUUUGUAACUUUGUUGAAUUGAUAUGAAGAUUUUUGUAUGUAAUUUUUAAAAUGGUAUCCUGCCAAAGUAAACUCUUAUAGGUCAUGUUUUCUUUCAAAGAUUUUUACAUAUGAUCUUAAAAUUCCUCAAGUUGUGAGAAGACAGAAAAUAGCUUCAAACUAAUACUGAGAUAUUGUCAUUUAGAGGGAACUAUCUAACUGUUAUACAUAGGGUGCUAAGUAAGAUACAGACAGUUCUCAAUUUAUGAAUUUACCCAUACAUACUGGGAAGUUGACCACUUUCUUUAUCUGGCACCUCUCUACUCCUCCCAUUCACCUGCCCAUUGAUUUUGGUGGGGCCAGUUGACUUUUGGUAGGGGAGAGGAGAGGUGUUUUAUACAAAUGUAAAACUUGGUCUCUCAUGCAUGUACGAAGAAGGGGAAGAUCUCUUGCAUUUUCUCUUAGAAAAUGCUAGUAAUGGUGGUUUGGUAUUGUUGAAACACUGCAGAUAUUUUACCGAUUAAAUAGUCUUUUGUGGGGUGGUCUGGAAACUUUACCACUAUUUAUAGCACUUUCCUAUAAGAAAAUCCAUUAAAUUCCAUACAACCCAAUUAUAAAUGGACUUCUGGAACACAACCCAUUCCUGAUUUAGCAACUGCCUAUUGUCAGGCGUUCAGUCAUUAAGAUAUUUGUUAGAGGGGUCAACACAACAGAAAAUGGGGACAGUUCUCUGAAACAUGCUCAUUUAAUCAAGGAAAACCUUUCAAAAAGUUUUCUUGGUGAGUUUAUUUCAUAGUUAACAUUAUCUCCCAUUUUCCCCCUUUCACUUUAAGAUUUGUAAAAUUGUUACAAACAUUUGUUUUUUCUAAACUAUCUUUAAGAAAUUUUGAUGUCUUUCAUACUUAUAAGUCAUAAAACCUUAGAGUUGGAAGAGAUUUUGGAGGUCAUCUAGUUUAACCUCUGUCCAGAUCAUAAAAUUCCCAUAUAACAUGGAUUAUCCAGAUGAGUAGCUUCUACUUAAAGACCUCCAAUGACAUGGAAUUCACUACCCCCAAAAUGAACUAAAAGGAUUGGUGUUACGUGCUCAUUUCAAUGAUAUUGUACUUUAUAGAACUUGACUUCACUUUUACAAAACUGAUUUUUUUCCUGGAUGAUAUGAAAACUUCAUCUAGCAUCAGAUAAAGAGAGAGAAGACAAGAAGCAGAAUGUGCUGACACCACACUCGAUAUUCUCCUUUGCUAAAAUGCCUGAAAAAGGAAGAAUUGCCUUAAACCAAUAGUUUGUUUUCUUGCAUGCUAUGUUAAAUAUUAAAAUUCAGAGUACGGGUAGUGAACAGGCUAGUUGAACUGUAAUAUGACUCUUGUUAUCUGAGAAGAACUUUUCUUCAGGAAUGAUUCUGCAUGUUCCUUAAAAAGCCAGCCUUACUGUCCUUGGUUUCAUUUUUCUUUUUUGUAAAGCAGGCUUCCUUCUUAUUCAGUAGCAUUUGAUUGGGCCUUCUCCUUAGCAUUAGCACUCCAAAAAGAAGCCAUUUAAGGUGUCAAGUGCUGCUCUCUCCAGCCAACUAAUAAUACAAUAAUAGAGCUCGGUUUCUUACAUGUGACAGAAUUGUUUAUGAACAUAAAAAUAUUUGGGUUUAACAAAGUAGAGGAAAUCUAUGAAACUGUGGAAGAAGAUGGUUUAAACGUGUAACGUGAGGUGGAGAAUCAGAAAGAUCCCUGACCUUCUAAAUAAAAUGCUGAUAAUUAUUUUCUCCAAAGCAGCACUUCACUAAAUUUUUUGUUCCACUUGCUCUGUAUUAUAGUUAUGCUGAUCAGGGAGUGGGCCCCGUUUCCACAUAGUUCCUCUAAUCUUUAUGUGGGAAAAUGUAGUUGGACAUGCCAGUGAUGAAUUUCUAAGCAACUUAUAAUUGGCUAGCUCCAGUGUAGCCAGGGCCUAACAAUCUGCUUGAUUAAUUCUUUAAGGGCUGCAUUAGCCAAGUUGUAUGAUUUCCAAAGAGAUAGGUCAAAUGUUACACUAACAAAGGACCUCUAUGUAAAAUUUUUCUCUUGGGCUCCUUCAACUCCUUCCCAAAAAUAAUUAACUUUUUUCUUCCAAAAUUACAUUUGGUUUUGAAUAAAGAUACGAGUGCCAAGUGUUGCCCUUCCUGAGUGGUCACUAAAUAUUAGGAAGGUCAUUCUGGCCAUAGAAUUUUCUACAGAGUAAAAUUAAUUUUGGAUGCUGGCAUUACUCAAAAAAUACCAGUGGAAGAAGAAAUGGUAAAUAUAGUUAUUAAGUAUGCUUAAUAAACAGUUGUUGUACCCAGCAUUCAUCCUCACUUGAUAUAGUGCCAUUUUGACAGAGUACAAUUUUAGGAAGUUAUCUGGAUAAUUCCUAAAUAGGUGGAGAGUUUUUGAAAAUAGUAUCAUCUUAUUUCAGAAAGGGUGAAUAGCUAUGACUAAUGUGUACCUCUUUUGCAAGUGUAUAGUGUCACAAUCAGUCCUCAAAUUGACAACAGAUGACCUUGUAUGAAAAUUGAUUAUUUUGGAAAUGAAUUUCUACAUUGCAUGCAAACUCGUAUGGCAAAAAUGAUGUGUGUUUUCUUCCCCCAAUUUUCCAACUUAGAUUUUACUCCUGAAAGCAUUGUUCUGUAACUGCCUGUUAAGGAUAACGCUGUACCAGAAGUGUUUCACUGGGACUCUAAUGAAUAAAAUGAGCCUUCUAGAAGGCAAGUCGGAAUUUU